AUGCCUACUCAUUAUUUGUCUAGGUUAACAGAUUACAACUUCUUUCAGGCCGCGGACUGCUCACUCCAGAAGGAGAAGAGCAUAAGUAGCUCCGCAAACGACCUAAUCAAGCCUUCAAAUAGGGCAUGGUUCCCUUCUUUGUGGAAUAUUGCCAUCGAUGCUCUCAACACCAUCCCUAAGUACACUGACGUCGAUGGCCUUACUGCUCUGGACGACACCCAACAAGCUGACUUCGCUGGUGUCACAUCCGUUCAGUUAAUACCAAUAGCUGUGGCCAGCAUCGACAUGAUCGGUCACUUUGGAUACAAUGCAGAGUUUAACACCAUCAACACAAUGGCGUCAAACAAGCUCGGUUCUGCUGCUCGACACGCCAAGCACUAA